UAGAAUCGGGCACAGAUGAACUUUCUUCGGAUGAGAAUGUGAGAAAUGCAUCAAGAAGUUUUAGACAGAUAUUUGACAUUUCACAUUCUGAACGCUUUGUUAGCUAUUAUUCAUGCGCCUAUAAAGGAAGACAAGGAUGGAUCUAUAUUAGUGAAAAUUAUCUUGGCUUUCAUUCAUUUUUGUUAGGUGCAGAAACUAAAGUUCUAAUUGAACUCAAGGACAUUGAGGACAUUAAGAAAGAGAGAUCAAAGGGCAUAUUUGAUGAUAGUAUUCGACUAACUACCAAGAACAAAGAAGAGGUAUUUCAGGUCUCAUUUCUUCUUCCUUUAUUACUUAAUAUUAUCCAGUUUCAUUUAUCCAACAUGUUUAAGAGGGAUGAAGUAUAUGAUUUGUUGGUGCAACUCACUGGUCAGGCUAUGCAAAGAUGGCUUAGUAAUGCUGGAGGAGAAGCUCCUGGUCAGUCAAACAAUGCAGAAUUCACGGCUGCUCAACAAAACGAUAAACGUCAUUUACAAGAAAUUCGACGCAUUACAGAGGGCCGUCCCCACCAAUUAGUGAGCCCUCUCAAACAAGAUUUGGCUACACAAAAACGAGACAAUGCUUAUUGUGUUCGGUUUCGAUUGCCUGUCAAUGAACAUUUGAUAAGUGCAGUUGACGCUACGUAUACUAAAGAGGCUUCGAAAGAGCGCGACCCACAUUUCUUAUCGCAAGUACCACCAGGCGCUGUCCAUUUGAUCGGUCGUGUGUAUCUAUCACAGACAUUCUUGGCAUUUGAAUCAGAAGAGAGACUACCUGCACCUCAGCAACAUUUGCCUGUAUGCAAAACAGUCCUCCCAUUGUAUACAAUCAAGCGUGUAGAGAAAAUCCAUCAAGGAGCCUAUACUUCCGGUGUAGCAUUAGUGACAUGGCAUAAAAUGGAACAUUGUUUUUAUCUGCAUGCCGAGAAGAACAUAUCUGAACAAUUCUGUGAAACUUUGAAAGGAUUAUUGUUGAAGCAGAUACCAUUGUUUAAAACAGUAAAGCCGUUUAUUGUUACAUGCGAAUCAGAACAUAUUUUUCGUCAAGUAGACACUACAUUGAUUGACACAAAAAUACACAUAGGAGGAUUAGGCUUAGAAUUCGGAUACCCAGAAAAUGCUAAAAAGUCUAAAGACAAGAGCAAAUUUAAAUUAUGGAAUCUUUACUUUCAAGAAAAUGGUCGAAACUUGACUAUGAUAAAGUUACCGACAUUUAGUAAACUAGUAAGAGUUGGUUUACCAAACGCUUUACGAGGCGAAAUAUGGGAAGCUUCAUCAGGGGCCAUCUAUCUACGAUUUGCAAACCAAGGACUGUAUCAAACAAUUCUUGAAAAAUACAAAAACCAAACAUCAAUAGCUACAGAAGAGAUUGAAAAAGACUUGAAUAGAUCUCUUCCUGAAUACCCAGGGUAUCAGUCUCCAGAAGGCAUCAACCGGCUACGCAGAGUAUUGACUGCUUAUGCUUGGAAUAACCCUGAGCUAGGUUACUGUCAAGCCAUGAAUAUUGUUGCUUCUGCGCUAUUGAUCUACACAACAGAAGAACAAGCCUUUUGGAUUUUACAUGUCCUAGUUGAUCGUAUAUGUCCUGGUUAUUACAGCACAAGCAUGUAUGGUGCUUUACUUGAUCAAAUCAUUUUUGAGAAAUUAGUGGAGAAAACUAUGCCUAUUUUAUGGAAUCAUUUUAGAAAGACAAAUGUCGAACUGUCUAUAGCUUGCUUACCAUGGUUUCUGAGUCUGUAUGUCAAUUCAAUGCCACUAGAAUUUGCUGUGCGAGUAUUGGAUAUUCUGUUUAUGGAGGGAUCAAGAAUUCUCUUUCAGAUAGGCUUAGCCAUUCUCAAGAUCAAUGGUGAAGAACUCUUAAAAUCAAGAGACGAUGGUGCAUUUCUGGAUAUUUUUAAGUCUUUUUUCCAGUCCAUUGGUAUACCAGAAGAGAGCGCUAAUGGUGAAAAAUACAUUAAGUUAACUAAAUUCAACGAGGUCAUGCUUAUUGCUUACCGAGAAUUCUCUUUGGUAACAGAUGAAAUGGUGAUCGAAAUGCGCAGAGAAAACCAACUUAAAGUCGGAGCAAACAUUGAAUCAUUUACAAAAAGAACAGCUAUCCGAAACUUGAAUGACACAGCUGGGUUCAGUAAAGAAGAUGUUGGUGUUAUUUAUGACAAAUACUUUGGUGCGCUUUAUUAUGCCAAUCGAGAAUUCGGCGCUAAGCCUGAAAUCAAAAUGAACCGCGAUACUUUUCAAAGUAUGUUGGCAAGCUUUGCCCCUUGGGCUAAAGUAAAACCUUCUACUGACGAUAUCGACACAACUACAGUAAACGUAAUAUGUAACAGCUUUAUUGAUCGCUUGUAUCGCAUGUUUGUUGGAGAUGCACCAGAUAAAUUAUGCGAUUUUCAACGGACUGUUCUAGGCCUUAGUGAUAUUCUACAAGGAGAUAUUAUGUCGCACAUGGACUGGUUUUUUAAACUCUAUGAUGAAGAUUGCGAUGAUGUAUUGACAAGUAAAGACAUCAUCAACAUGAGUAAAGAGCUUUAUUGGCUCUUGGGAUUCUUGAAGGACACCGACAUUGCUUGGGAUGCGGUUACUAGUUUAAUCAUUCACAGUUGCGAACAAUCUGAUGUGGCCAAGGGAAUUCAGCCCGAUGAAACUACACUAACUCAUCGCUUAGCAGACUUGACCAUGACAGCCACAGGGACAUCAUUUUAUGGUCGUAUCAAACAGCUGGAGGAUUCAAUGAUUGCUGACCUUGUUGACAUUACUUUACCUUCAUUCCGUAUGGUCGUCUUGACCAAUGAAUCGCUUGAAAUGCUCUUUGAUCAUGGAUUUGCUAAUAGCUUCAAGGUAGUCAAGUCAGCUGCAGAUCAUCAAAAGAGUCUAGGUAGAGAAUUAUUUGAGAAUUUGUUUGCAGAUGGCCAAAAACUUGCAAAGGAAGCACACCCUCAACAUCUUCAAUCACCUCCUAUGCUCAAAAAGUCGAAUUCUUCGCUCACCACAUCCAGUGAUACUUCGCGACAAAGAUCUCAUUCUUCUGCUUCUGUAAAUACAGUAGAUAUUAAGGCUAAAGAAGAAGCCGAAGUAGAUACGCUUAUGGAGGAUGAAUGGGUCCAAUUUGAUGUGUAAUUUUAUAUGUUUUGCAUGUGAAAUCUAUCAUUUGUUUAUUGAAUCAUUAAGGG